GCCCUUUUGCUCUUCUUCCGCCUUCCUUUGGAUUUUUUGGUGGGCCACGCAAAAAAAAAGAAGAGCAAUUUUCCCCUUGGCCAGCCCACACUAGACGCUACAACCCCCCCAAAACCGACAUCCCGCAACGCUUUGUAUCGUCGGGGUUCUUUUAAACAAUUCUAGGGAAAUUCCGGCUGUUUGUAUUACGACACUCGGAUUCUUCACUGCUAGCCUUUUACUUGGUCUAGCUUGUCUUCGUCUCUAUUCUCCCGCUCUUCCGCAUCCGCCUCUGCGCGCCGUCGAUUCAGGAAUCGUAGCGCGUGGUAUUUUCACUCUUCGUCGCAAUCAUGGCGCCCAAAAAGAAGGAGCAGCAGAAGAUGUCCCUGGGGGACUUUCUGACUGCUGAUUCUGGUUUUGGUGGUUCUUGGGCUGACGAGGUCGAGGAGACAUACGUCACCGGCACUCAGGCUCUUCCUCCUUCCGACCGACCCCGUCCUGGUGGCGGUGCUUCUGCUGAAUGGCAGAACCGAGGAUUCUCCUCUGUCCGCGAAAACAUUCCCGCUCAGCUUCCCGACAAGCCUCCCUACACUGCCCAUCUCGGUAACCUUUCCUACGAUGCGACUGUCGAGACUGUGACCGAAUUCUUUGAGGGCUGUGAGAUUGUCAGCGUCCGCAUCAUCGAGGACCGCGAGAUGCAGCGCCCCAAGGGCUUUGGCUACGUCGAAUUCACCGAGCUCGAUGGCCUCAAGCAGGCUCUUACUCUGGAUGGCCAGUCCUUCCAGGGCCGCAUGAUCAAGAUCAAGGUGGCCGAUCCUCCUCGUGGCGGUAACGAGAGCCGUAUGGACUCGAGCCGUGACCUUAGCGACUGGACUCGCAAGGGCCCUCUUCCCGAUCUUCCCGGUGCCCGCAACAACCGUCAGAACGACUUUGGUGGUGAGCGCGAGCGUCGCCCUCGCGAUCCUGCCUUGGACCCUCGCCCUGCCCGCGAGAUCAACUGGGAGCGCCGUGGUCCUCUUCCUCCUCUGGAGGGUGAGAAUGCUCCCCGCGAUGGUAGCCGCACCCGUGGUCCUCCCGAUGGUAUGGGUGAUCGCAGCAGCUCUUUCCGUGGCCCCCGUGGUGGUGCUGGUGCCAACUGGGGUGAAGGCCGCCCUGAAGGUGGCCCUGCCGGUCCCAAGCCUGAGCGUGCUGAGCGUGUUGCCAGUGCUGCUGAGAAGGACUUCCAGUGGCGAGACCGUAUGCGCCCCGAGGCCGCUGCCAAGGGUCCUGAAGGCGCUGGCCAGGAGUCCCCCGUCGACUCUCCUGCCUCUCCCGCCGCUCCCUCCCGCCCUCGCCUGAACUUGCAGAAGCGUACCGUCCCCGACGCCGGUGAUGCCUCUGCCACCACCCCUAGCGACUCCAAGGCCAGCCCCUUUGGUGCUGCCCGCCCCAUCGACACUGCCACUCGUGAGAAGGAAGUUGAGGAGAAGCGCCAGCAGGCCAUCCAGGAGAAGCGUGAGGCUGAAGAGAAGGCCAAGGAGGAGAAGCGUGCAGCCAAGGCUGCCGCUGCCGCUGCCGAGUCUAAGGAGGGCGAGGAGCCCAAGGAGAAUGCAGAGGGUGCUGAGACUCCCGCUGCUGCUGAGGGCGGCGCUGAGGGCGCUGAGGCCCAGGAGGGCGAGCAGAAGCUCCCCGUCCGCACCCGUGAACCUCGCGAGCCCCGCGAGCCCAAGUCUCGCGCUGCCGAGACCGGCAACUGGCGCUCUGCCUCUGGCGAUCAGCGUGGCCCUCGUGGCCCCGGUGGCAACACCCGUGGUGGACGCGGCGGUGCUCGCGGUGGACGCCGUGACGAUACCCGGGGUCCCCGUUCCAACGGCGCCCCUGCUCAGCAGCCUGCCGCUGCUGGCGCCGCUCCUGCUGCUCCUGCUGCCUCUGGCGACAAGGAGGGCGAGGUCACUGUCGACGAAGAUGGCUGGACCACUGUGACCAUGCCCAAGAAGGGUGGCCGCGGUCGUCCUUGAGCAAACGAAACAACCCCCCAACUUACCACCCCUCGAAUAAGGAGUCUUGUAGCAGCAACGAAAAAAGAGAGCAACGAAUGAGAAAUACAACGAAUCUAUGUACAUGUUUCCUCUGCGACCCUUUCAUCAUUGCCCAACACUUUUGCAUGCAUGCGUGCCGCGUUUGCUGUUUCUCGCGGAAUGGAAUAGCGCGCUUCGUCUAUCUACCUGAUACCUUUCACCACUACUUUACGAAACUAGAGAUGUUUUUCACUGUUGAUUUACUUUCAAGUCUAAUUUCUGUUUUUUUGAGCCGGAGCCCAUCGCAAGAGGGGAAAAAGCUAGGAGGAGACAUGGGAAGGAAAAGCUACUGGAAAACGUUUGUCGGUUGUUUUGUUUGGUCUUUUUUCUUCUUCUACUGGUUUUUGUUGUCUGCUCCUUUUUGCAAAAAAAGUGUUCCUCUUACGUUUGUGACAUUUCUCACAUCAGCCGUCUCUUAAAAAAAGAAUGAUUGAAAUGAACCGCAUGCUUAUCACUGUUUGUGUUUUAUGUUUUGUUUUGUAAAGUCAUGUUUGUUCUUAAGCACCGAGAGAAGAGUUGUAGGAGAGCCUAAGACAAGCGAAACAAGACUAUCGCUCUGAUAUUUUAAAGCCAAGACUCCAGAUACAUGAGAAAUGCAACGAUUGGUUACAUGGUUUACAUAGCAUGGCAGUAUUUCGUAUAGGACAUACAUCAUGAACAAUCUUUCUCUCCCAUCACCCCAUUUUUACAAGUCCUUUGUACGCUCCUCCGACUCCUUGAUCCAUUGUCGCACAGCCUCUUCGUCUCGCGGCUUCAGCGCAAUCUUGAAGGGCUUGGGGUCCGUUGUCAACGAGGUAGGCUGAGCAUUGCACUCAAUAGCAUCCAUGAGCGGUCGUGCGCUCAGGUCGUCAGUCUGUUCGAUGCGGAAAGCAGUAAGAAUGCGCACAUAGGCCGUGAAGAGCUCUCUGUUUGCGAGAUGGGAGCCAGCACACAUGCGCGACCCAGCACCAUAUGCGUAGUGCGGUGUGCCAAUCUCCUUGUCGUUGAGGAAACGCUCAGGCAGGAACUCGGAGGCCAUCUUAAAGCGCUCCUCGUCAUAGUCGGCGGCGUAAGCAUUCAUGAAGAAGGUUGUGCCCGCAGGAAUGACGGUACCCUCGUAGGGAAUAUCGGUAAUGUUGGUGCGAGGGAGGCAGAUGGGAAUGACGGUCCAGUAGCGCAGUGUUUCCUUGACGAGAGCGGUGACAUAGGGGACCUUUUCUUCCAGGAGACACUUCUCCCAUGCGUCGCCCUUGGGGUAUGCUUCGUUGAUGGCGGCGAGGGCUUUCUCUUGUAUCGCUUGGCCCUUGGGGGUGGAUAGAUAGGCUAGGCCCAUGAUGAGAGUGCCGGGGACGGUGUCGAGGCCUGCAGAGACCAUGGUGAGGCAGAUGGACUUGAUUUCAG